AUGCUUGUUAUAACUACAUUAAUUGCAAUUGCAUUUGCUACUCAAUGCAAAGAAUUAACCCCUGGAGUUUAUUCCGUUACUGAUGCUUUUGAGUGUAUUAAUUCUGUUAGUCUUUCUCUAGAAAAAGCAACAAAUAUUCAACACUCAUUACAGUCUCUAUUUCAAACAUAUGUUUUUAAAGAUAUAUUGAAGAACCCACCACAACCAUCUUUUGAUAGUAAGUUCUUCCCAACAUUAGAUAUUGAUGCUCAACUUGCAUCUCUUCCUUUACUUGAAGACCAAGCAGUUUAUCCAUUUAUGCAAAAAAUUCAAUAUAUUGUUGAUACAACUCAUGACCUUCAUCUUUCAUUCCGUUUAACUUCAAAUGAAAAUAAUACAUAUUAUUAUGAUAAUUUUUAUGCUUCACUACCUUUUACAAUUGACAUCGUUGAUGGUAAUUAUAUUAUUCAUCCUAAUUCUCAACUCUCUUCUCUUGGUAUUAAAAUUCCAGAAGAAAUUACAAACAAUGAUGGUAAAAUUAUCACAUCAAUCAAUGGAGACAAACCUCAUACAUUUGUAAAGAAAUGGGCAGAAGACCAUGCAUUCCUCAAAUCACCACAUGGAAGAUUUACAUAUGCACUUGAAUCAAUGUCAUUUGUUUCGUUAAGGUCUAAUCUUCUUUCACAAGAAUUUCUUUCUCAACCUAUUAAUAUUUUAUUAACAGGAGAUAUUUCAAUUUCAACACAAUACCAAAUGGUGUAUAUUCCACCACAAACACUUAACAAACAUAUUGCUAGAAAAAUUUCACAAAAAGAAAGAAGAUCUACUGCACCAAUUUCUGUUGAAGAUUUUAUUACUUAUAAGAAGUCUGAUAAGAUUUUUGAUUUAGAAUCAGCUGAUGGUAACUUAGCUUGUAAGUUUGAUUCUGAAAAGAAAGUUAAUACUAUUGUUUUAAAGACAUUCUAUCCAGAAGUUGAAUUUGAUAAUUUCUUUGAAGUAUUUAAUCAAUGUAUUAAGACUAUAGAUGAAAAUACUAAUCCUAUUAUUGUUAUCCUUCCAAUGAAUGGAGGUGGAUAUGCUGAUUUAGAAGCUAAUUUUGAACAAGUCCUUGCUCCACAUGCUGAUGUAGAUCUUAUUGGAAGUGUUAGAAUUUCAAAAGGAAGUGAAGGCUGUAUGAAAAAUGAAUAUGGAGAAUAUCUUUAUGACACUGACAAAUGUCAAGUUCUUUAUAAUGAAUCAAACAAAUCUGUUCCAUUAGGAGAAUGGUACACUCAACCAAAAGUAACUCAUUAUGGAGACAUUGAACAUGUAUAUUCUCAAAAUACUCUUAUGCAUGCUUCUACAAUGCUCGAAGCUAAAUUAGUAAAGAAUCCAAGAAAUCCAACUGAUGUUAUUAUUAUGACUGAUGGUUUUUGUUAUUCUGCUUGUAGUGUUUUGGCUAAAGGAAUGGUAAAUAAAGGUAAUGCCAUUGUUGUUGGUUAUGAAGGUGAUCCUGAGUUAUCUCUUGAAAGUUUUGAUGCUGGAAAUUCACCUACUCCAGUUAUUACUCAAGACGAAGUUUUUAUGGAUGAGGCUAAUGUUCUUGCUGAAUUAGGAGGAUAUAUGAGAAUAUCAUUCUUUGAAACAUUUGAAUGGAACUAUAAUUACAAUGAGACUAUUCCAAGAGAAUUUGUAUUAAAUCCUGUAGAUGAACGAGUCAAUAUUUUUAAAUACACUCCAAGUAAAAUUGACCAAUUCAUUGAUGAGGGAUUAAAGAUUUACAACAAAUAUCAAAAUGAAUGUAAUCCAUUAAAUAAAAGACUUGUUAAAGUAGACAAUGCCUGUGACAAUAAUAUUACUGUUGAACAUGCUCAUGGAGGACAUAUUUGUGGGGACGAUGGUAAAUGGAGUACUGAAUGUGUUGCUUCAUAUUGUGAUCCUGGUUAUAAAUUUGAUAGAUUCAAUAAUAGAUGUAUUGUUGAUGUUUGUUUCCAAGAAUCAAGUUCAAGUGAAAAUUUAUUUAGUGAUGAUUUAUUCUGGAUAAUUGUCGGAUGUGUUGGCGGCUUUUUAGUUAUUGGAAUUAUACUUGCAAUUAUCGUAAUUAUUGGAAUUAUUGUUCACAAGAAACAUCGUUCAGAUACCUAUGAUUCACUUUAA